UCGAAAUAUAGACAACUUUUGUGCAAAAAUAGAAUCGAUGCUUAUGAUGCAUAUAUCAAUGCAAACAUUUCGGUCCCAGCACUUACAAUACUAGAUGCAAUAAAUUUUACAGGAGAAGCUUGGAGUCAUGUCAAAGCCAGUUCGAUAGCAUCUUGCUGGUUACGAACUGGUAUUCUUCCACCAAAACCCACCAAUGAACUUGAUAACUUUAUCAAUUUUUCUGAGAAUGAAGAUGAAGUUGUCCAAGAAUUAAUCGAUCGUCUUGCACUUGAUAAUCCAUAUUCAGCUAAUGAGUACAUUGAUAUUGAUUCUGGAAUUGGAAUUGAAGACAUUUUAAAUGAUGAAGAAAUCAUUUCUUUAGUCCAAGGCAAGGAAGUCAUUGAAGAUGAUUACAAUCAGGAAUCCUUUAAGCCAAAUAUAACAGCAAUCGAUGCCAUGGAAUCAGUUGAUAAGCUGAAAUCAUUUAUUAUGCAAGAGGAGGUAUAUAUGGAUAUAAGCCCUAGUUUUAUCCUGGCGGAAGAGCAAGACAGUACGGUAACGAAGGAACAGCCCACACCCUGCAAUAUGAGACCAGGAAUGAUGGAUGGGAAGAAUGACUAUUUCGCCACGAAAAUGGGUGAUGAAACCGACGCUGAACCACGCCCUGAUGAUUAA